AUGGUCAACUCGGAAGCAGAACCAUCAUCAUCAAACAAUACAGAAAAUACAAAUCAGGAGGAUGAUGAUUCCGGAAGAAAACAAAUAGAGUGGAUGUACAAUAAAGAUUAUGAUAAAGUGAAUGAGGAAAGUUUGGAAGAAUAUUUAGUAGGAAAAAAGAGCAUUGAAAAGUUGGUUCAGGGAGGAGAUUUAGUGGAUAAUGAUUAUAAAAUCAUGCUGGAACAAAAGAAGGCUGGUGCAUUGUUUUUACAUAGCCACGAAAAUAGACAUCACUCUGGAGAAGCAAUAAUUGAUGAUCCGAUGAUUAAAAUCAAACAUGAAUCACUUAUGAGAAUGAAAAUGUAUUUACAAAAUCCAGAAUUAUUACAAAAAGAACUUGAAAAGAGAAAGAAGGAAAAGAAGGAAAAGAAAAAGAAGGAAAAAAAGGAAAAAAAGGAAAAGAAGAAGGAAAAGAAAGAUAAGAAAGAGAAGAAGGAAAAAAAAGAAAAGAAAAAGGAUAAAAAGAGAAAAGAUUAUUCAAGUGAUAGUAGCUAUACAAGUUAUUCCAGCGAUGAACCAAAGGAAAAGAAGAAAAAGAUAGAACCAAAAACUAAAGCUAGCUCUGAACCAAAAGAAACCCCUAAAACAAAUCUAUCAAAUUCUGAAAAGGAACCAUCUAGCUCAACACACAAAGAUGAUAAAUAUAAUAGAAACGAUGAUAAAUAUUAUAGAGAAAGAGCGUAUGACAGAAGAGAUGAUAGAAGAGACGACAGAAGGUUCAAUGACGAUUAUUAUAGAGAUGAUAGAAAUUAUGAUAGAGAUUACAAUAGAAGGGAUUCAUAUCGUAACGAAAGAUCUCGAGACAGAUAUUAUGAUGACAGGAGGGAUAGAAGUUAUAAUGAAAGAAAGUACAACGAUAGAGAUUAUGAAAAAAGUAGAAAGAAUGAAAAUGUUUAUGCCAAGGAUGACUCACAAAAGCAACUAGAUCAAAUGCUCAAAAAUGGACAGCAAAGAGAACAGCAAAAACAAGAAAGCAAACUCAAAUCACUUCAAGAAAAGGAAGAAAUUCUCAAUACUGCACCACAAGCCAUCCACAAUGAAAAGGCAACCUUUUUACAACAAACCAGAAAAGACACAUACAUGAAUAAAUCGUUCAACAAGCGGUAA